AUGGACACCUUCAUAAGCGCGCUAAAGGAAGCAGUCCAAAAGAUCAGAUCCUACCAAAUGAAAUAUAGCAUAAACCUGAACGAAUUUCACAACCUUCUUUUUAUAAUUUCCAUUCUGUUCGGACUGGCAUUUCUGUUUUACCUCAUCGUAAUACUGUGUAGCAUUUUUUUCAAAGGAUCCAAACCGAAUAAAAUAGCUUUGCUCUUAGGUCCAUGUGACAGUGGGAAGACAACUUUCCUAUUCAAAUUAAGAACAGACAAAUUAUGCACAACAGUCCCUUCUAUGAAAGAAAAUGUAGCAUUUAUAAAUCUGAAGAAUAACAAAUGGAAAAAGUGCAUUCGGUUUGUGGACUUCCCUGGUCACCCCAAAUUGUCCUUCGGGCUAAAUAAGUAUUUCAGCAUCACCAAUGUUAUCAUUUACAUUUUGGACUGCUCGGAUCGACAGGCCCUCAAAGUUGUUGCGGAGAAACUCUUCGAGUUGUACACCAACAGAGUUGUCGUGAAAAAGCAAAUCCCCAUCAUCAUAUUUUGCAACAAGACGGACUUGUGCAACUCGCGGCCGAAGCAAGUCAUUAAGGAGGACUUGGAGAGGGAAAUUGAAAUUUUAAAAAUGUCCAAAUAUAACAGCCUGGAUGAUGACUACAACGACGACACGGAAUGUUUACUGGGCACUAACUCGGAAUUCUUUCGAUUUCAAAAGGCGCCAUGUCAUACGGAAAUUUGCGCCGGAUCUGUAAAGAACAACAACAUUGAAGAAGUGGUGGAGCUUAUACAGAAAUUUUACUAG